CUCAUUACUCUCAUACUCUACCACGAUGACUAUGGUCAUCUCUCUCUCUCUGAAGCCCCCUCCUCCCCUCUCUCACCGGCGGUGGCGUCGUCGUCUUUGCUUCACCGGGAGUUAAAGGUGAGUUGGUUGAAGGUAGCGGCGGCGGUGGUGGUGGGUUCCGGCUAUCUCGGCGUCGCCAAUAUCGAUCUCAAGAGCGGUGACCUCGUGAAUUGCUGGAUCGAAUUUGACGGGUCGAGUCAGGUCUUCUUAUCCGUUUCAUAUUCGAAUCCCAAACCCAGAGAUCCGAUUCUCUCCUUCCCUCUCGAUCUUGAUCUACAACAUCAACGACUUCAUGUAUGUCGGAUUGUCGGGUUGACCCAAGGAAACACAUAAAUCCACAGCGUUGAGUGGUGGAGCUUCAGCUCGUCUUUCGAUUCAACUCCCUCAACCGGGUCAGUAGCACCGCCGCGUCUGACGAUUAAUCUGAUGAAUCCAACCACCAACUCGGUCAAAUCUCCACCGCUUUCUUUGGCUCCAACUGGGUCCGAUUCAGCUUCUAGUACUAGUACUGCACAGAAGAACAAGAAAGUGAGGGAGAGGCAUCGUUGAGGUGAUAUAUAGUUCUUCGUUUGUGGCGAUGCAGAGAGUGGUGGUGUGAUCUGGUGACACAUAAAUACGAACAAAUUAAAAGCUCAGGAUAUAUAUGAUCAUGAUGAUGAUGAUGAUGUGUUGAAGCAAAUAUUUAAGAACAGAGAAGUACCUGCAUAAGGUCACCUAGAUUUGCUACAAAUGCUCCAUCCACUGGCGGCACGUCAACCCAUUGAUCCUUAUGGAGAACUUGGAGCCCUCCAAUCUCGUCUUGCAGGACUAAGGUAAGAAAUGAGGGAUCUGAGUGUUUGAUUGUGCCUAGAGUCAGUUCAGGCUCGGGGAAAUUGGAUAAUAGUGGCAUGACAAUGAGAAAGCUUUCAAGCACCCCAUGCGUGCUAGGUGAUCCUUGCUAAGCCCUAAUGCUUCCAAUGGUAAUUCGGAUAGCACAUUUUGAAGUUCAAUUAAGUUUUUAAUAUACUCACUUAUUUCACGUCUGCAACAAACCAAAUGAUGAAUUGUGAAAAACUCGAUACAUAGAAAAAAGGAUAUAUACUACAAAGGCUCUUUUUUUUUUUGAGAAUGAUUCAAGGCUCUAGUAUAGCAUAGGCUGUGGAGCAAUAGAAAUACGCAAUACCUGCACACUCGAGGCAAUGCUUCAAAGUCCCAUUUAUCAUCUACGGCUCUGCAAGAUAAGGUGUCUCUCCAAUCUGCUGCUGAUUUUGCACGCAAUUUCAGAUCUCCACUGCAAUAAAAGUUGACUGAAUUCUUGAAGUCACGAGAGUACAAAUCCAUCUUGUCUUCUGCAGGCUGCUCGUGAAAUCUACAAAUACCUUCAAGCAUCUCCUCCAUAACAGCAAGUGGAACUCCAUGGUAAACCAUCUGAAAGAACCUCCAUGUUUCACAUGCAUCUUUAAUUGCCUUCACCAUUCCUUCCCGAGCGUGAUCAUUGCCAAUGCCUCUUGAGAUCAACAAUUGGGAUUUGAAGUUUGACACCAUUUUCUGGUGCUGUGUUCUUUACAGUCUCCAGUGGGUGGAUGAAGGUUAUGGGAAUCUUGGCCCGCCGGAGUCUGAGAGCCCUUUGACACCGAUUUUUAGGUCAUCAAAGGCAUACGGUUCUUUUUCUUUUUCUACCAUGUAGUCUGCAUCUGACAUCUUAACUUUGUUGGGGGAUGGUUAGCCAAGAUGUUUUGGCUGGAUCUACUUGGCUGCCAUCUUAACAUACGGUACAAUGUAUGUUAGAAUCUGAGGGAGAAAACUUGAAAAACCUACUGCGUAUUUUAUAUGGAAAGGAGAAAGAGCAAUAUGCAGAUAAACCAAGCACUUUGAUCAUGUCUUACAUAUAUAUUCAAUGCAAGCAUGCAAACAAUAGCCUGGAAAUUUGACAGCAGAUAAGUUGCGUGUUUAUGUUUAUAGUUUGAUUUCUAAAUUUCAGAAGAAAAUACUUUUAAAUACUAGCAUAUUGGCAUGCAGUGAACUAAUACCGAAACUGUUAAAGCAUCCCUUCUAUUUCCAGGUUAUACCGAAACUGUCAUGAAUUUUAAACCUGAGACCAUGCAGCAGUGCUAGCGCUGCAACAGAUCUUGGGGAGAGAUUCCCAACUUGACCAACAGCCAUAGCACCUCUCAACCCACCCUGAGCAUCUCGGAAAACGACACACUCAACACUCACUACCUAUACCAGAAAUGUUGUCGAUCGUUAAAAAAGAAAAGUAAGUGUAGAUAGGACCGGCCGACAGGGGGGAGUUGGUAUAGAAGGACGUUAUUGUAUUUUGCCCUGGCCCGGCUGGCCACCCACCUUUGUAAUCAAGUCAUCUUUAUCUUAGUCUUUGUCCGAAUGUGUCAAUUAUUGAUUGACAGUCAAUAUAGAUUUAAUAAUCUUGGCCGACUACACCUAUAUAUGAGGCAGCUACUCUCAUCUUCAACUUGCAAACUUGUUCUUGGUUUACAAUCUAAACACCAAAACAUGGCAGCAGUUGUGGAUUGUGAUCAGCGUGAGAAGGAGCUGAAAGCAUUCGACGAAAGCAAAGCUGGCGUCAAAGGAAUUGCAGACGCUGGGGUGACCAAGCUCCCAAGCAUGUUCAUACACCCUCCGGAGAAUCUACUAAACUCGGCAUUUCCAGAAGAUGAUGAGCAACAUCAGAAAAUUCGCAACCUUCAAGUUCCGGUGAUUGAUCUCAGCGGUUUUGAUAACAGCGAGAGGCGAAAAGAAAUCGUCAAUGACAUAAACAAAGCAGCUGAGUCAUGGGGCUUCUUUCAGUUGGUGAACCAUGGAAUUCCGCUUAAUGUUAUGGAGGGGAUCCAGAAAAGUAUCCGAGGGUUUCAUGAGCUGCCCCAGGAGGAGAAGGUGAAGUGGUACUCGCGUGAUUUUACGCAGAAGGUUAACUUCUUCAGCAAUGGAGAUUUGAAGGUGUCGACGCCAGCUGACUGGAGGGAUACCUUGUCAUGCAAGGUCCUGGAAGACCCAGAAAGCUUUGAAGCAAUACCGCAAGUGUGCAGACGAGAAGUUAGUGAGUAUAUGAAACACAUCGAUGGAGUGCAAGAGAAGUUAUCCGAGUUAUUUUCAGAAGCUUUAGGUCUCAAUAGUGAUUAUCUUGCAAGCACAGGGUGCUUCAAAUCGAGGUCACUGGCGUGCCACUAUUUCCCGAUUUGCCCUGAACCGCAUUUGACUAUGGGCGGAACCAAGCAUUCGGACCUCUCGUUUCUUACCUUGCUCCUUCAAGACAGUGUUGGCGGCCUACAAGUUUUUCAUCAAAAUGUUUGGAUUGAUGUUCCCCCAGUGAAGGGAGCUUUGCUAGCAAAUAUUGCUGACAUGAUGCAGAUCAUUACAAAUGGCAAGUUCAAGAGCGUGGAGCAUAGAGUUUUGAUGAAACCAACCGUCGAGCCUCGUAUCUCAAUUGCAUGUUUUUUGGGUACGGAUGACCUCCAAAAACCAUACGGGCCGAUAAAAGAACUUAUAUCGGAAAACAAUCCACCGAUUUAUAGCGAAGUCAAAUUCGGUGAAUACAUGAAAAAGUAUAAACUAUAAGUUACAUGAAAGGCCAAUGGUGAACUUUGCAUUCCAUCAAUUUAUAUAUUGUACUGAGUCCAUGUUGGUGUGCGACAAUUAUAUCGAAACUUGAAAGUGAUAUAUGGACGUAUUGAUUAUGUGGCCAUACCUAUGUUUAAUUUCAACUC